AUGUCAAAGUACUGCGAGUGCUCAGACCCCCUCUUAGAAGCCGCAGGACUGCCCAAAUGUGACGUUCAUCCCGAUAUGCAUUUCUUUCCUCGGCGCAUUCCUGCCAUCCGACGCAGCGUUACUGUUCAACACCACGAUGCCACCCUUUUGAAUGACCCUGACCCGCGCACGAUACACGUUGGAGCUGCCGACCGUUGGUUAGGCGGCCGCGGAAUGGACCAAACACCGAUCUCUCCAUUGAGCCAUGCCGUAUGGCAUCGGAAGGAUGUACGGCCAGGCGAGGUGCUGUGCUGCUUUGAGCGUGAACAAAUACUGCUCAAGAAUACUCAGUCCGGGGGCAGUAAAUCUGUAUUCUUCACACUCUACUGCACGAUCACCCCCGGCAAGCACGAUACACGCAACCAUCUCUUCCCCUCACGCUUCAUCUUUGAGACUUACCACUGUGGACUCGAUUGGCAUGCCCCGAAGUGGGCUAGCUGGCCUACCUCUUGCUACGAGUUCGUCGAUUCGGCGCUGAUCGUUGCGGUCAUGAUCUACGGACUCAUGUCAAAGGGCGGUGCGAUGACCGUUAGUGGUGCAGACGAGCGAUGGGAGCCCUUGAUAUGGCUUUGCACCCGAGGCACUUCUUACACCAUAUCUUUCCCCACUCUCGUACAACUGGCGCACCGUGUAUGGAGAGAAGACGACGAAGCCUGGGAAUCAGCGUUGAGGGCGCAAGUCAUCGGAGUUCUGCUUCCAACCAGGUAG